CGUUUUUUGCUUCGUCACCUUUCCGACCGCAUUACACUUCUUUUCUAACCUCUUCGACUGCGGCAGGGCAUGGAAAGCCAUAGUUAGGAUCCCCCUGGUGUAUUCUCUCCGGUGUCUGUUGGGGCCAUCUUUUCCUUUUCGCGCUCUCGCCCAAAUCCCCCCUCGUGAGCGCGGCAACAUGUGGGACGGACUCUUCAUGCUGCUCGCGCUGAGCACGAUCAUGGGAACUGCCUCCUUUCUGGCCGGCAUUCUUCCCCUCUCGCUCAGCCUGUCGCAGAAACAACUACGUUUCAUAAGCCUUCUCGGAACCGGUGUACUCGUGGGGACGUCGCUCAUCGUCAUAAUACCGGAAGGGAUAGAGACGAUGUACAGCGCGGGAAAGAAGGGGGGCUCGCAUGUUGACACGCAGAGCAAGCCUUCAAUAUCGAGCCAACGUCAGAGCGGGUCGAGCCGUUCCAGUGGAUUCGUGGGCUUAGAAAGAUCCGAAGCGUUCAAAGCGCCAUUCCUGAGACGUGAGGCCGGCGAACCGUCUUUCGUGGACAUCAUUGUUGAGAGAACGCCCCUUUUGCCCAGGGCCUCUAAGGAGAAAGAUAAAACAAAGGAGAAGGAAAAGGAAGCCGAAACAGAGGAAAAUCAUCCACUCGCGCAGAAAGGGGGCGAUGACGACUCCACCGAAGGUCAUAAAGAAGGUCAUACCCGCGUCCAUGCUCCGGAGGGCGAGCAAGAAAAUGACACUCAUGAACCUGGCGAAGAGCAAGAGCAUCACGCGUACAUUGGAGUGGCGCUGAUUCUCGGGUUUAUACUCAUGUUCCUGGUGGAUCAUCUCCCGGAGGCGAUUGCUCCGACCAAGCAGCAGUACCAUCCGUUGCAUAUUUCGCUUUCGGAUCUCUCAAGGGGCCCCCAUAACUCGUCCACAGCAUCUUUGACCGCUCUCAACACCCCGGUGUCUCCCAUGCCCGAGAGGAUGCCUGCACCACCGCCAAAAUCGUCCGCUACCACAGUUGGUCUGAUCAUCCACGCAUUCGCCGAUGGGAUAGCACUGGGUGCGUCGUCGACGGCGCCCAGCACGUCAUUAUCCUUCAUCAUAUUUCUCGCAAUCAUGUUGCAUAAGGCGCCAGCAGCCUUCGGGCUGACAUCUGUUCUCCUGAGAAAGGGCCUUUCGAAACGUACAGCCCGCACGCAUUUGAUUCUGUUUAGCUUAGCCGCCCCUGCUGGAGCGGUGUUUACGUGGUCGCUCGUCCAUAUCCUAGGGCGUACCACGCUUGGUGGUGACGACGGUCUAACAUGGACCACUGGUUGGGUAUUGCUCUUUUCCGGAGGCACCUUCCUAUAUGUCGCCAUGCAUGCCAUGACCGAAGCGACAUCGGCUCAAGAAGAGCUCGUUGUCAAUGGUUAUAUGGACAGCCACCAUGCUGCGCGAAGUACGCUUUCCAAAUCCGACAUCGCCGUCACCCUGGUGGGCAUGCUGGUUCCGCUCCUUACUCAGAUUGGGCAUGUGCAUUGAGCGUCUUUUCACGGUUGCCGGCAUUGCAUGGACAUGAUACGAUGGGCAUCUGUUGGGUAUUAAUCCUGUUGGUUCCUGCUGAUACCACUUUCCUCCAUUGUAGAAUAUAUUUAUAAUUCAGCUCGGCGUUUGGUUGUAGGAAAUUUAUAGACGAAUGAAAAGGUCA